GCGGGAGAGAGAGAGAGAGAGAAAGAGGGAGAGAGAGACCUAAACGACUGAUUGGAGGUUCAUCCAGGCGCUCAGGACGCACAGACGGAGUUGCACAAUCAGCGCUCCAAAGGGACUCAAGAAGAAAAACCUCUCAGCAGCUCCUUCAGUCCACCAAUUCAAACAGUAACUGCAAGUGGAUUUUAUUUGCACUGCGAAACUCUUUUGUUGACUUUUUCCCCCCGUGUUUUCGAGAGCUUGGAUUUUUAGGAGCUUGUUCUAAAGAACAUUUCUGUAACUUCCGAAGAUAUGCAUCGGUGCACGGCGGUGCUACUUUUGUUAGUGGUGGCCUUAUACGUCCUGAGCGCAGAAGCCUACAAGUGCAGGUGCACCAGAAAAGGACCAAAGAUCAGAUACAAGGAUGUGCAGAAGCUGGAGAUCAAACCCAAACACCCGUUCUGCCAAGAGAAGAUGAUAUUUGUGACGAUGGAGAACGUGGCUCGGUUCAAAGGGCAGGAGUAUUGUCUUCAUCCCAAACUUCAGAGCACCAAGAAUCUGGUCAAAUGGUUCCGCAUCUGGAAGGACAAGCACAGGGUGUAUGAAGCCUAAAACCUCGGUUAUGCAGCACACGUGGAUCAAGUGAGACAAAAAAAAAAGAAAGAAAAGCUGACAGUACCACCAGGACUGUUUUUGUGAAGUACAAGAUGUAAUCUACAAUCAAACUGUACUUCUUCCCUCUUCUGCCUGUUGAGCACAUUAAGAGAUAUCUUUAGUUCGUAUGUUUAAGCCGGUGGGUUCGUUUUAGUCGGCCAUCGCUCUAGUUACAGUCACUCACUCCAGUCUUUACAACUGUAGCUUAUACUUGUCAAAUAGUGGACGAGACACCGCCAUCCGUGUUCAAGCAGCUGUAGGUUUGUUCAGUUGGUUUGUAAAGGGAAUUCUCUUUUGCUUUUAGGCUUCUUUUAAAGUGACAAAUGUGUAAUUCUGAAGAAACUGGCAAAUCUUCCUUUGAAAAAUACAGUGUGGGUAUUUCAUUUAAGAUAUUCACUACGACAGGUAGGACAUUUGUACACACCCACAUGUAGGAUCUGGUCACCUGAGUUUAAGCGGUUUAGUUAAAAUGUAGCAAUAAAGUUUCUCAAUGAUUCUCUGUAUUUGUAGCGGAGAAGCAGUCUGUGUGCAGUUACAUAUACCACGGUUACAUAUAUAUAAUACAGAAGUUACUAUUUUUCAGUCAGAUAGAGGAGAUCUAUCACUGUGUGUUUGCAUGUGUGUGUGUGUGUGUGUGUGUGUGUUUACCAUCUCCAUACUAGUCAUGUGUCAAACAAACACACUACUCUGCAGCACACAUUUUGUAAAAUAUUAUCCAAUUAACUGUCAGGUUGUAGUAAAUACAAUAUCAAAUAGUUUUAUUUUGUGCCAUUCAUACAUACAGUGCAGUCUAAAACUUGAUUAUUAAAUACACUUAGAGAGCCAGACUGACUGCAGUUUCACCAACAAAGGAAUACCUAUUAUACAUUGUCACUGGUUGAAAGAUUUUUUAGUUCCACCUCUUGAAAUAAAUGUGUACUGAGGCAAUAUCUCAUGAAAACUGCCUACAUAACCACUGAACUGAGCUGCGUAUGAUAGCAUAAUUAAAGGAUAAGGAUAAUAUUCUAGUGUUUUGUUAAUGGUCAGAUACGUCCCAUGAAAAUAUUUAAAAUGAGCAACGCCUCAGGACCCUAGGCCACUCAGUCCCACUGAAGACAUACAUUUUUUAAAAAUAGGUCAGAGCGUAAAUUCCUAAAACAACAGGGCACUGUAGUGUUUAACAAACAUUACUCAAAGAGGAGCAUAUAAAUAAAUGUAUUUGUUUGGGACCAUUGUCAGAGGCAGGAUUGUACAUAAACUAUGGAGAACAUGUUUAUUAUAUUAAGAAAUAUAUACACAUUCAAUAGUCAAUGAUAUAGACUAAAAUCUCCCUGAAUCACAUAGGCCUAGACGUCUGUAAUUUUAUACAGGUUUGAUUGACAAGAUGCAGAAGGUAUGUGCUGAUUUGCCUCAUUCUCCUCUGAAGCAUGUCCUAGUUAUUGUUACUCAAAUAUGAUGAUUUAUUAUAGAUGAGGACGACUUAUUUGACAGCAAUAGAGCUCGACGUUACAUAGGAUUGAAAAAUUGAAUCAGACCUCAGAUACACAGACGAUACUUGUUGGUAGGAUGGAUUUAUUGUUGGUUUUGAGUAUUUUUAUGGGAUUUGUUGACAAAAAGAAAAAUACAAGAUAUUAUUAAUAUUCUCCUUUAAAAUGGGCAAUAAACUGUGUCGUUAUUUUAUAAAAAUGUGCUUUGGACCAGUGCAUGAGAUUUUAAAAUUUUCAACCUUUUUUAGCAUUUAAAAGGGGCAAUUUGAAUGAAAACUUUGACAUUAACUGUCCACAUACAAAUAUAUGUCAGGCAUUUCAUUUGUACUCCAAAUGAGUCUCCUACAAAGGUGAUGAUACUCUGCUCUGUUACUCUCCUCCAGUAGAUCUCCUGAAUAAUACUGUCAAACGUGUUAUUAUUCUCUAUGCUGUGGAUACACUCGCUAAUAACGACUGUUGUUUUGUUGCCACCAAACAGAAUUCACACACAAAUAUGUUUGCAUAUACACAGAAACACCACAUUUUCUUUACCUUUUGAAGAAUGUGCAUUACUCUUGUUUUAUAUCUUAUAUAUAAAAUAUAUAUAAAGAAACAUUUUGUAAAUGGACCAGUAUAGCCUAUAUGUUAGUGAGAAUGAAUUUACCUUAAGACUUUAUAGUGUCAUGUAUAUUGUAUUACUGCAUUAUAGUUGUAUUUGCUAUUUAAAUCUUGGUUUGGUAACAGAUAUUUGGAGGGCGAGUGUUUGGACCAGCCCACCAAACACACAGUUAGACAUUCCACUGAGUGUAAUACAGUAAAAACAGCAAUAAAGUGUCUAUAGAGCA